AUGCCUAACGCAACAAAACCUGUCUGUCCUUUUUACGACCAAGAGCCUGGUGCUCCACCACCGUUUCCUCCCAUGCUCAUGGAUCAGCUUGAAUUAUUUAGAAAUACUCAUCACCCAACUAUACUCAUCUGCAACGAGAUUCUCCCUCCCAAAGCUAGCACCAUUAUUCUGCCUAUUGUUCAUGCCCUCGAGGGCAAGCCUGUAUCUAAACUUGCAGUGCUACCAUCCAAGAAUACCAUUUGUUUUUCCUCGCCGUACCCGAAGAGAGCCUCACCUGAGCGUUUUCCUUCCCAAUCGCCCAUACCUUCAGAUUCCGACUCCAUCGAUUCAGUAUCGGAUAGUGGCUCGUCUACUUCGUCCGCCAGUCCAUCAGAAGACUCAAAGAUACCUAAGCCCCCUGGUGAACCUGGUCGUCCAGGGCGUGGAGGAUACACGCUCCAGGAGUCUUUAAACUGGAGCCCAAAGGCAUACACGAAGUUCAAGAAAUGUAUGCAUCACCUCAUCGAGGAACAUCUCGAUACCACAAAGUGUGCUUCCUCCCAAAGCCCUGCGCUCCUGAAAUGUGUGCGCGAUAAAGCUGUUGAUGCUUUUCCAGACCUAGACAACUACAGCCGCUGCUGGCCGGUGAAUGACAUGAUUAUGAUGCGCCUUAAAUACACAUCGGGACGUGCCAGGAAGAUGGAAGUGGGGAUGGCCGCUGGCAAGAGCAGGAACAAGAAAUAA